GUCUUAUCUUAUCAUCGUAUUCCCUUAGUUGACUAUGACAGUAACGAGUGUUUGAGAAAGAGAAAGGAAGACACUGACCAACUAAGCAGAUAUGGAUGGGAUGCAAAUAGCUCUGCCUAUUGUUGGAGUUAUUGCGGCUGCAGCUGCCACCUUCUAUGCUGUAAGCUUUGCUGAGCUUAGAGAGAAAUCUUUUAGAGAUUUUGAAGAAUCUGAAUAUGAAGAUGGGGUUUAUAGACCAUCCCCUAGCUCCCGAGAGAGGCGUGCCAGAAGACAAGCUAACAAAAAUAACAAAACAUGACUUCAUUCAAUCAUCGAUCUAUGCUUUUGUCAAAGGUGUGGUUUGGUUUACGCGAUUCAACAGUGAGAUGUUCAGCCGAUGAAAAGCGAUGUUAUGCCAUUAUGUGUGUAGUGAGAAUGAUCUAAUUGUUUUUUAAAUACAAUUAUUUUUCUUUUUUUUUUUA